AUGACCUCUACCAACGAAAAAGAUAUCGGAAUGAGCGGCAAAUUGUCCGGCGACGACUACGCCGUCGGCGAUCUGCACGAUGACCGGGCGCUGCUUCGGAAAGUCGAUUGGCGAAUCCUGCCUGUCAUGUUUCUCACGUACUUCCUGCAAUUUGUGGACAAAAUUUCACUGAAUUAUGCGAAUGUCAUGGGCCUUCAAACUGAUCUGCAUAUGAGUGGGAAUGACUUUUCAUGGUUGGCAACGGCGUUCUUCCUGGCGUAUGCCGUGGCCGAAAUCCCCCAGGGUAUUCUUCUACAGAAAUUCCCCAUCACCAAGGUCCUUGGGGUCAAUGUACUCCUCUGGGGCGUGAUUCUGUGUUGCUCGGCAGCUGCACAGAAUUUCGCCGGCAUGAUAGCUUUACGUGUAUUGCUCGGAAUGCUGGAGGCAGUCAUUGCACCCGCCCUCACGAUGUACACGAGCAUGUGGUACACUCGCGCCGAGUCCACACCGAGAUAUGGGUUCUGGUACUGCGGCUUAGGCAUGGGCCAGAUCGUCGGAGGGUUGAUUUCGUUCGCUGCUCAGCACGCACCUGCGAAUAUGUCCUUCCAUGGAUGGCGUAUCAUGUUCGUCGUGAUAGGCGUGGUUAAUGUAGUCGCUUCUCUAUUGGUCUUGUUUGUUCUACCAGAAAAUGUCGAGAAAGCCAAGUUCCUCAGUCCCACCGAGCGCGACCGAAUUACACAACGUCUUCGAGACGACCAAGCUGGAGUCGGCCAGAAAGUCUUUCGCUGGGGCUCGGUGAUUGAAGCAUUUGGUGAUUUGCAAAGCUGGCUUCUCGUCCUACUGACCAUUUUGAUCACCAUCCCCAGCGGUGUUAUUACCACUUUCUCGUCCAUUCUUAUCAAAGACUUCGGAUAUACGUCGAAGCAGAGUGCGCUGCUCAAUAUGCCCUCGGGCGUAGUCAGCAUUGCGGCAACGACCCUGUCUACAUGGGCCAUCGCUCGUGGCUUCUCGCGAUGGCUGGCGAUUGAUGUAUUGUUAAUCCCGACGUUGCUGGGAUCGUGUUUAAUGUCGUUUCUGCCGAGGGAUAACCAAGCAGGAUGCUUGGUGGGCAUUUACAUGGUCAAUACGACUGUGGCUCCAUUGGCACUAAUUUUCGCCUGGACCGGAGCGAACUUCAAAGGGUAUACGAUGAAGGUGUCCGGCAGCUCUCUUGUCUCCGCUGCAUUCAGCAUUGCGAAUGUGAUUGGUCCCCAAACCUUCCAGGCGAAGGAUGCUCCUGCGUAUAUACCGGCCAAAAUCACGAUUGUAGCGGUCAACGCCGGCGCGAUAGUCGUAUCCACUGCCCUCCGCAUUGUGUAUGGGCGACGAAAUGCGAGAGCCGAUCGCCUGGGAACGCCGGCGAGAAGCCGCAUGGAAGGGAAAUUGGCGAACGGAAGGACGGCCGAAGAAGACGUCCAUGACGACGUGAACUUUCGCUUCUCGCAGACAGCAUCAGUGAACCUUUUUUUUACUCUGCAAAAAGUCAUAGAGCCAAACAUGUCGAAAAUCCUAGUCACAGGCGCCAAUGGCUUCAUUGCCGCGCACUGCAUCUCUCUCCUUCUUUCCACAAACCACCACGUCCGCGGCACAGUCCGCUCCGAACAAAAGGCGACCGCGACGCAAGCAGCCCUGUCUGCAGCAGGCGUGGAUACAACGAACCUCGAAUUGGUAGUUAUUCCCGACCCGACCGAUGUAUCCCAAUUUGCGCCCGCUGUGGCCGGCUGCAAGGGCAUCUUGCAUCUGGCCAGCGCGUUCACCUACGACGCCGCGCCCGGGGAAUUCGAGGAGAAGCUCCUUAUUCCCGCCCUCAAGGGAACAGUCGCCGUAUGCGAAGCGGCUUCAAAGUAUCCCGAAGUCAGAAAGGUAGUGAUUAUGUCGAGCUUUGCGGCGGUUUAUGAUGCCUCGUUGGGGCUGCAGCCCGGGAAAGUGUAUACAGAGAAGGAUUGGUGUCCGUUGACCUAUGAAGAGGGAAAGAAUGCGAGUCUCGUUCCAAUUGCCUACCGAGCAUCUAAAGUGAUUGCCGAGAGGGCAGCGUGGGAUUACGUUCGCGACCACGAAGUCAGCUAUCAGCUAGUUACCUUGUGCCCCGGAAUGGUCUUCGGCAAGAUGAUCCAUCCGAUUGAGUCGUUAUCGCAAUUGAAUGCCAGCAACCAGAUCGUGUGGGAUGUGUUGAAGGGCAAUGGAAUCCCGCCUACGAAGGCUCCUGUUUGGAUUGACGUUGAAGAUCUUGCCCGGACUAGUCUCCAGGCGCUCACCGUGGAUCUACCGUCUCACCAGCGCUUCUUGGUGACGGAGGGAUCGUACGACACGCAGGAGAUCGCCGAUAUAGUCCGAAAAGCGCUGCCGGAGAGUCAGGAUAGGAUCGCAGAGGGGGAGCCUGGGAAACGGAUUCGGGAUACGCAUUACUCGUGUGAUUCAGGAAAGGCGCAACUGAUGUUGGAUGUGAGGUUUAAGCCGUUGAAGGACAGCUUGGUGGCAUUAGCGAAACAGCUGUAUGCGUUGGAGCAGGCCUCUUAG